AUGGCGAGCAGUCUUCUUCGUCCUUCAAGUUUGGUCAUCAUUGUUGGGAUCAUCUUGGCGUUGACUUUUCAGUUCGUACUGAAACCUCCUCCGCCAAAGCUAUGUGGCUUCCCCGGAGGUCCACCGAUCACAGCACCGCGGAUUAAGCUCCGAGACGGGAGGAAUCUGGCGUACAAAGAGCAUGGACUUCCGAGAGAGAAAGCUCGCCGCAAAGUCAUAUUCGUCCAUGGAGCCGAUAGUUGUCGACACGACGCCGUUUUCGCCACUCUCCUCUCUCCGGAUUUAAUUGAGGAGCUAGGCAUGUACAUGGUUUCGUUCGACAGACCGGGUUACGGAGAAAGCGAUCCGGAUCCAAACCGGACUCCGAAAAGCUUGGUUUGCGACAUUGAAGAGCUCGCUGAUCAAUUGAAUCUUGGAGAGAAGUUCUACGUGAUCGGAUAUUCCAUGGGAGGACAAGCAACAUGGGGAUUAAUCAAGUACAUUCCUCACCGGUUAGCUGGAGUAGCUCUAGUUGCUCCGGCGGUUAACUAUUGGUGGAAGAACUUACCUUUGAAUGUUUCCUCUCAAGGUUUCAAUUUGCAGCCAAAAAGAAACCAAUGGGCGUUUCGUGUAGCUCACUACGCUCCUUGGCUUCUUUACUGGUGGAACACACAGAAAUGGUUUCCCGGUUCGAGUAUUGCGAACCGGGAUAUGAGUAUCUUGUCACAGCCGGAUAAAGAUAUCCUUUCGAAGCUUGGUCCUGCAAGGAGACCUUAUGUAGCGGAAAUAAGGCAGCAAGGGAUUCAUGAGAGUAUUAACCGGGACACGAUUGUGGGAUUUGGGAGUUGGGAGUUUGAUCCUAUGGAAUUGGAGAAUCCGUUCUUGAACGGGAAUGGCUCUGUGCAUUUGUGGCAAGGAGAUGAGGACAAGUUAGUGCCUGUGACGAUGCAACGUUACAUUGCGGAGAAGCUUCCAUGGGUUCACUAUCAUGAGGUUUCGGGAACUGGCCAUUUCCUCCACCUCACCAAAAGUGUGACUGAGGACAUUGUUAAGACUCUCUUAGCCACCGAUGCAAACUAA